GCCUUGUUCCAUUAUAUCUUCAUUCAUACGAUUCGACUUUGUUCUGGUUUCUAAGGGCCCCUACUUUCAUUGAGUUCUGGUUUCUAGGGUUUCCAAAUUCAUCUGCAGAUUCGAACUAAGCAGGCUUAAUAUUAGGUUUUCCGUAAUGUAUUUUGCUGUCGGUAGGAGAAAAUGAAAGUACUGGAAGAAGUCGCAGAGGUUCCAUUUCCUUUCCCUGGGGAAUUACAUUCCCUCACCGAAAGAGGGGAUUACAAUCAGAGAUUUCCCGGUUGGCUGUUUAAUUGCCAUGGUUUGUGGCACAAUCUUUCGUUGAUUGUUCCUUCGGUUCUUUUUGUUGUGUACUUGUCGUUGAAGGCGAGGAAGAGCUUCACGAAGCUCUCUCAUGGCAGAUCCUAUAUCAUGAUUGCUUAUUACGGGCUUCUGUGGCUCGUCAGUGUGCUCAAUCUGGCUUGGUGUUCCCUGCAGACUUGGGAAUGCACUCCUGGGAAAGAGUUUUCUUGGAAUUUUUUAUCGUUGUUUACAACAUCUGGAAUGCUAUUCUUGGAAAUUAGCUUGGUGGCAUUUUUACUCCAAGGGAAUUACGACAGCGGAUUGGAUGCUCUAACACGCACUUUUGUAGUCUCUGGGAUCAUUGUUGGUGCAGAUGUACUUCUUAAGGCAAUUUAUGUGUUUGGUUUUGAGAUUCCACUGUUCAUUGAUAGUGAGGAAACCACGCAUAGGGUGAAGUGGGGUUUGUGGGUUGUCCACAAGUUAUUGCUUACCGCAGUGUAUUGCUUCAUUUUGUGCAUGUAUCACUCAAAAUGGAGAGAGAAAUUACCUGCCCGACCUGCAUUCUACAACUACAUCUUGGUGAUGUUCUCCUUGAAUGUAACUGCAUUGUUUGCAUGUGGGCUCGUAGGAAAUGGUGUUGGCUUUGGUUUCUGGUUGUAUGAUCUCACCACUAUAUGCUACCAUGCCUUCUAUCUUCCCCUGUUGUUCAUUACAUUUCUGGCAGACUUCUUCCAGGAGGAAUAUUUGAAUUUGGAAAAUGCUUAUUACUCUGAGAUGAAGGACGCUGGGUUCUUUGAUGCUGAUUGGAAUUGAUCCAGCAACUUGUGUAUAUGGGGUAGAUCUUUGUGCACUUUGUAUAUAAGUGAAAGGUUUUCAUCAUAUGGAUGGCUGUUCUAUAAGUAAAAUGAUCCGUCAAAAGGCUGUAAUAUGCUAUUGGAGGAAGAAACUUACUUGGAAAAUGCAAGGAAAGACCAACAAGGUUCAACCAUGUGGGUGAUAGUGGUGCAAUGACUGCUAUUGUGUUUGGAAAAGGAAGUCCGGAAAGCUUCAGCAUCCUCGGUGGAACUGCAAGUUAUAGUAAGACUUGAAAACACUCGAACUCUGUUUGGUGUUCGAAGUCUAUGUUUUGUUGGAUUGGGUUUUCCGUUUUUAAACAUAUAGAAAAUUGAUCUUUGUAGAUCAUUAUCGCGGUGGUGAAAUAGUAACUGGCAAGUUGUAGUAAGACUCGAAAGCUCAAACUCUUUGUUUUUUGUUUG